AAAAAAAUAGAAAUUUCUGGAACAGAUAAAAUCACUUCUCUCGACUUCCUCAGCUCUCUCGUUUGGAUUACCAAUGGCGACGAUGAUCGGAUUCGACCUCUCCUGCUUCAAAUCAAUAUCGUUCUCCUCAUCAUCAUCAGACCUCAAUUCCCUCAGCUCAAAGCUCUCUUCACUCUCUCUCAAACCCUCCUCUCAACAGCCACGAAAAUCAACGGUUAUCCGUAUGGGCGGCGGUCCGAGAACAUUCCCCGGCGGCGUCUCUAAAUGGCAGUGGAAAAGGAUGCAAGCGAAGAAACAGAAACAGCUACUCAAAGCGAGGUUAUGCCGAGAACGCCAGAUCUACGAGAUGAGGAAACGCGCCGAGCUUAAAGCUGCGGUGGCUGAGCUUGAACGGCCGUGGGAACCCGUUCAGAAACCGCCGAAUCUGUUCUCCGUUUGUGCCGAUGAGCAAGUCAAGGUCCUCGCGGAUCGGUUUCAGAAACCCGGAGGAUUCGAUCUGUGGACCGAUCGAGAUGGUCCGCAGCUGUUUGAGAGUGUUGAUGAUUUGCCUUCCGCUAGGUUUUUUCCUAAAGGCGUUGUUCAUAGUGUGAAGCCUUAUGGUAGAUUAACAAACUCUGUUGAUGAUGAUCCUGAUGGUGAAGAGAGUGUGCCAAAAGAUGGGAAGCUGCGUGGUCGUAGGGUGAGGAAGAGGGUUGAAAUCAAGGGGAUGGAGAGAGGUGAAGGAAGUAGUAAGAGGAUUGAGAAUCGUGUUAAUGGUGGGAAUUUGAGAAAUGGAAGGUCUCAGAUAUAUGAAAUGACUUUGCAGAACGAUGGGAGAUACGAAGUUGGAUCUUAGAUUAGUUUUGUUGUAUUCAUCAUAAUCAUUGAUGAUAUGUCUCUGAACAUACACCUGUAAUAGUUUGAUCGUGCAUAUGCUUUAAUCAUAGAUGUCUCUGUUCAAGUAUUAGUUUUGGGCGAUGGAUCAAUGGUUUGAGUGGUCUAUAGAUUGUUAUGAGUGUGCAGAUGUGUGUGUGUGUGUCGUGAAUCUGUCUAUAGGAUAGUAUCAGUUUCCAGGAUGUUAGGUGGUGAUAGGGAAUGAUGUACAUUUUACCAAUUCGUGUGAGGCUACUGAGAUUGUUGUUA